AUAAAGCAAUCUGACUUCCUCCGGACAUAGAUCAUUCUCUCUCUGAAGCCAUGAUUUUCCUAACACUGGCCUUCAUUGUCCAUGGGUUGCUAACUCAGGGGAACAAAGCUGCCUGGAGGAGACCCAUACCAAAAUGCUGGAAGAAUAGUUUAGGGUACUGCAGAGUCCGAUGUCAAGAAGAGGAACGGUACAUAUAUCUGUGUAAGAACAAAGUAUCAUGCUGCAUUCACCGAACUCUAUCAGAAGACAAACUACCCUCAGGACCUCCCAUACACACUGUAACAAGAGUGAUCCCUAGUUUCAAUAUACCAGUGAAUUCAUCAGCGACCCGACUUACUGAUAACUGGGAUGCAAAUGACUCUAAAACACCCAUAGGAACUAUCGUCAAUCCUGCAGGUAUUGGCAAGACACCCACAGGAACUACUGUCAAUCCUGCAGGUAUUGGCAAGAUGCCCACAGGAACUACCGUCAAUCCUGCAGGUAUUGGCAAGACACCCACAGGAACUACCGUCAAUCCUGCUGGUAUUGGCAAGACACCCACAACCACCACACCUAUCUAUUCCUGGGCCACUAACACUAAACCAUUCACUAUGAUGCCUAAUACUACUUAAAUAAUUUGUCUCCUUUUGUUUCUGGGAUAUGAACACCUCCCAGAGUAAUAAGAAGAAGCUAAUGUAACCAAUCUUGGCUUUUUUCAGAAAUUGUAUAAUCAUGGGUAUGGAUUUAUGUGCUAAAGUCAGAACACAGAUUUUUAGACAUGAGAAUUCUCUUUAUCAGGCUUACAUUCCUUACCUAGAUCCUUUUGACUUAUUAAAAUAUACAGGCUAGUUUCAGAUGAA